ACCAGCGACACACCGCGAGAUGCUGCAUCAAGUUGUUUCACUGGUGGCAUUGAUCCUGCAUCUUACGGGCAGCACUAAUUCGGCACUGCUGCCUCGUGUCCAGAGGAGCGGGUUUGGAUCAGCCGAACACGUCAUCAUUUUCGGCUGAGAUGGAUUUGGAGGAAUGUACUUGGAGAAUGCAACUUCUUUCCUUCCCAAUGUCAA